AUGGCCCAUAACCAGAGCCAAUCUGGAGACCACUCAAACGGCUCUGCUCAUCGUGGAGGAGUCCGCAAAGGCGAUCGCAUAGGUGAUCGCAAAGGCGACCGCAGAAGCUCAAAGCGUGCCGGCGAGAAGUCUGGCGCAGGAAGCGCACAAUCCACCUCUUCUUCAAGAGAUCACCACUACGAGCCGCAGUAUGAUCCGCACUACGCGUCAGUGGCUCGCCCAAUGUUUAACGACUUUACGCAUCUGGAGAAUGCAGCGAACAAUCCCGCUUUAGACGUGGGAUUUGUCCCCUCAAGUGGGGUAGUCGACGCGUCUCGCUGUGGACCAGGUGCGGUGCGUCAAUCCUUGGGCAGCAGCGGGUUUAACGCACCUCAGGCGAGCCAAGCACACCAAGUCCAGUAUGCAACGCACCCGCCCCAAGCGCAGAAAAUCUCCCACCUAUCGUCGGGCUAUGACCGUACCGAGCCCUACAAUGCUAUCGGCUACGUCCGAGUUGAUGGACAAGUCUACGAUGACUCCGAAAUGUAUGAGGAAUACAGGCAACGUGACCAUGGCGAAGAACUCGACGACAACCACAGCGGAGGUUGGUACAACGUACCAAGUAAUGCCUCCUACUAA